AUGAAAACGAUAAGCAUGGUUUUCAAAGCGCCUCUUUCGCCACAGCAGUGUGCUUUUGCUGUAUAUUUGCGUCAAGAGAAAAAAUACUCUUUUCGUCAAAUUGCUAGCAGGACUAAAAUGUCAAAGACAAGUGUGUGGAGGGUUGUGCACGGCCAACGCACAAAAAUACGAAAGUCCAAACAUGAUAAUAUAAAACGUGGACGGCGAAAAAUUCUGACUUCGCGAGAUAGAAGAAAGCUUCACAGAUCCCUUAUUAUGCUACGGCAGGAGAACCCGAAUUUUACCAUCAUGGAUGUUGUUAAACGGAGCGGUAUUCCACAGCAUAAAGCUAAUUAUCGAACAUUUCACCGGGAAAUUCGUAAUCUCGGGUACGCAUAUCGACCAAGUCGCAAGAAAGGUAUCCUUACAGAUAAGGAUUUAAAAUUGCGACGGGAGUUUGCAAGAUCGAGAUUAAAUGAUUGUUCAACGGAUUACUGGACAAAAGAUGUAGCUUUCUAUCUAGACGGUGUAUCCUUUGUUUAUAAGGGUAAUCCAAUGAGUGAUGCAAUUAAGCCGAAAAACAAGAUCUGGCGAAAACGGAACGAAGGUUUAGUAAUGACGACAAAAGGAAGCAAAGACCUUGCGGGAGGAAAAAGAUUGCAUUUCAUUGUUGUGAUAUCCUAUGGAAGAGGAGUGAUCUUAGCAGAACCUUAUGAAAAGAUGACUGCAGACUUUUUCACAGAAUUCAUACGCCGCAAUUUUCCAAAUUUGUUUGAAGUUGCGGAGAAAGGAGAGAGCGACAGUAAAAUCUUUGUCAUGGAUAACGACCCUUCGCAAACUUCAAGGAAAGCAAUGGCAACGUUAGUGGACAUGGGUUACACGCUGCAAAGGAUUCCGCCAAGAUCGCCGGACUUGAAUCCGAUAGAAAAUGUGUUUCACCUAGUGAGGAAACGCAUAGAAGCACAGGUUAAAGAGAACAACAUUACUCAUCAAACUUGGGAGGAGUUUAAACAAGCGGUACAAUACAAUAUAUGGUCUACGUCAAAAGACGUUAUUGAUAAAACAAUUACUACAAUGACGAAGAGGUUGCAGGAAAUUGUCCAAACUAAUGGAAAACGGACCAAAUAUUAA